GAGGUUCGCGUCGAGAGGGCCAUCCCACACCCCAGAUGGACUGGGCGUGUUGAGGGUGGAUUUGAUGUGGUGUUGUUGCGACUUCCACGGGAGGUUCAUGUCCAGAUGCCCUCACUGCCGCGGCCAGGAUCCCCUGGGUUGUACCCCAACUUCAUGGUGCAUGCAUUGAGGCUGGAUGACAGAUUGGAAACUGCCCAGCUGCAGGUCAUUGACAGCAAACUGUGUCCGGAACUGCCACCACUAGGAAAGGGGCAAUUCUGUGCAUAUUCGAGUGGAGCAACCAUGACGCCUGGCACCUCUGGUGGCCCCCUUCUGACAUACAACCAACAAACUGAGGCUGGUGAGCUGGGUGUCGUCGUGGGCAUCGUAUCAUAUGCCAACUUUUCUGCACUGGACAAGAGCGGGGUGGGGUGCCUGCUUGUGAGGGAUGUUGUUGACUGGAUUGAGGACAUCAUUUACCAUAAGGUCGCCGUCAAAGUUACCUCUGCUGUACCAGACUUGGUGAGUGUGUUGCUGUAA